CAUUUUCCAUCGAAUGAACAUAACAGCCUUCCAUUCCGAAUCAUUGAAGCUAUUUUGGCUAGCAGUCAGAUCGGUGGCUUCUUCAGAGCAGCAAACGAAGUUCACCGUCCUUCUUACCGUUAUUUGAAUCAGUGUCCGAUCUACGAACACCAUGUCUCUUGCUGCACCUCGACCCAGAGUGACAUCGUCCAUGCUGGGAGAUUUCAUCGGCAGUACAGUGUGCCUGGCGGGGCAAGUUGUCGAGGUGGACCAAGUUAGUCGCCAAUGGGCACGCAUACAGACUGGAGAAGGCACGCAGGUCCAGUGCCGUGUUACGCUGGGUGACGAGUUUGAGCUGGUGGAUGGCUUUGUAGAGGUGCUGGGCACAGUGGCCGACAAGAACUCCAUAGACAUGCAGUUUUAUGCCUCGCUGGGCAAUGACUUCGAUCUGGGCGCGUACGAUGAAGCAGUGAGAUUGUCCGCACAGUAUCCGGAGCUCUUCCCGCAGAGAUCAAUGUAAUCAGUGUGUUCUGUUGAUGAUGUCAUCAAUUACAUCACCGCCAGACACCAUGUCACAGACUGGCACACACACUGUGGGGUCAGGGAUGCAUACACGAGCCCAUGCACGCACACCCACCCGUCCAUAGUCUGGAUGACCAUGCUUUGUACAUAGCUUUGCUUUACGCACGCAUGCACACGUGCGUCUCUCUCUCUCUCUCUCUCUCUCUCUCUCUCUCUCUCCCUCUCUCUCUCUCUCUCUCUCUCUCUCCCUCUCUCCCUUACUUCUACUGCCGUUUGUACCUAUUGCUGUUGUACUUUUUUAACUUGAUAUUUUACUUGCUUUCCGCACCUGUAGCCUGGUUGCGGUCGUAAUCAACAUCUGAUGUGUACAUACAUUUAAGAUCAAACAUCCCUGUUUGCUUGUA